CAGAUCUUGGUGAUAAAAUUGAAGGAAAUUAAGGAAGAGCCAUUUGCCACAUUGAUCAACUUGCUAUUCGGAGAUAUCAUCGAUGUUUUGGAGUCAACAGAGGAAGGCAAGCCAAUCCUAAGGAAAACAAUCGCAGAGCUCCUCUUUCAAGGAUAUAAUCUCACUUUCAUCGAAUCACUUCGGACAUUUUUCCUCGAAAACUUACUCAUGCCUGAACAUCUCUUCGACAGCCUUCUUUCUGAUAAUCUACCCCCUGAAAUGUCGGACAACAAGUUCGGUUUCUACCGCCUGAAUGAUAGCAGUGACGGUAUUUACUUGGUCGGCACCGGAGAAAAUGGACUGGAAGACUUCGCCGAUAUCAAGCUCUGGCAAGGGAAGCCAUUUCACUAUAAGGAACCAUGGCGGACAGAUGAGUGCAACAUGAUCAAUGGCACUGACGGCACCAUCUUUCCCCCCUCCGUCGACGAAAACUCCGUCCUAUAUGUAUUCACCCCGGACUUAUGCAGGUCGGUGUACCUCACGUACGAGCAGGACGUGGAAUUUCAAGGGACACCAGGACUUCGAUUCAUCGUCGAUCCUGACGUUCUCGAAGACCCAGAAAUUAACCUGGCCAAUAAAGCAACACAACUCCCAGAUAUCCCGUUGGUGAUGUCCAUGCCGCACUUCUACUUAGGAUCAGAAGCAUACUUCAACGAAUCCGUCGUGGAAGGAUUGGAGCCGAGGAAAGAAUGGCACCAGACCUUCGUCGACCUCGAGCCUGUGCGAAUCCAUCUCUCGUCUACAAUAUUGAUUCGGUCACGGUCGGUGUACCUCACGUACGAGCAGGACGUGGAACUUCAAGGGACACCAGGACUUCGAUUCAUCGUCGAUCCUGACGUUCUCGAAGACCCAGAAAUUAACCUGGCCAAUAAAUGCUUUUGUUUAUCGAAUGGAACAUGCUUGAAAGCCGGAGUUUUAGAUCUCUCCGAAUGUAGAGAUAUCCCGUUGGUGAUGUCCAUGCCGCACUUCUACUUAGGAUCAGAAGAAUACUUCAACGAAUCCGUCGUGGAAGGAUUGGAGCCGAGGAAAGAAUGGCACCAGACCUUCGUCGACCUCGAGCCUUUGACCGGGACCAUCCUGAAUGCCUCCAAGAAACUUCAAGUGAACUUCAGGCUGAGGCCGAUCGAGAAGUAUCCGAGCUUCGCUAAUGUCUCGGAAAUGCUCUUCCCAAUAUUUUGGAUGAAUGAGAGCGUAACCUUGACCCAGGAGUUAUCCGACGAUCUCUACGACAGGAUCGUCAUGCCACAAGAAGCCAUCACAAUCGGAUCGGAGGCUGCCUUCGGUAUCGGGCUCUUCGGGAUAUUGGUGGUGGUGGGAGUGUGCGCCCUUCAAGGACUUCGGAACUAG